AUGGCUGAAUUAAUAUAUGAGAACCAGUCUUCAGUAACCUCUUUUAUGCUUGUCGGUUUUACUGACAUGCCUCAUCUGCACUUACCUCUUCUUCUUGCAUUCUAUCUUAUGUAUAUUCUGACCAUAACAGGAAACGGUCUUAUUUUAGUGCUUGUGUUAUUUCAUACUACAUUGAAAAAACCAAUGUAUUUCUUUUUAUGCCAUUUGGCUUCUCUAGAUAUUUGUUAUACAUCUAUUACGCUUCCUAAUCUGAUAUGGCUCCAUUCGCAGAGUGAUAAACACAUUUCAUUUGCAGGCUGCUUUUUACAGCAGUAUUUAUAUAUUGCAUUUGCAGUUUCAGAAUAUUUUUUAUUGGCAGCGAUGGCAUAUGACCGAUAUGUUGCCAUCUGCAACCCCUUACGUUACUCCUUGAUCAUGAGUCCAAAAACCUGCCUCAUUCUGGCUCAAGGCUGUUGGGUAACUGGUUUUGUAAGUUCAUCAUUUCCAGUCUCAUUGUCUUCACAUUUCAGUUUUUGCAAAUCCCAUGAGAUUAACCAUUUCUUCUGUGACCUUACUGCCCUUGUGAAGUUGUCAUGUGGCAAAAAUACCAACAUCGUAGUGUUAAUACUUGUGGAGAGUCUUGUAUUAGGAUUAAUGCCAUUCAUGUUCACUUUGGCUUCCUAUACUAUAAUUCUACGUACUAUUUUUAGCAUUCGUGUAAAAGACGGAAGGAGUAAGGCCUUCUCUACUUGUGCAUCCCAUCUUACAGUGGUAGUUCUCUUCUAUGGUACUAUGAUAGUGGUCUAUAUUCGUCCACCUUCAAUGUACAUGCCAGAUCAUGACAAGCUCUUUGCUUUACUCUACACAGCUGUAAUCCCCAUGAUCAAUCCAAUGAUUUAUACCUUAAGAAACGGAGAAGUGAAUAAUAUUAUGAAGAAAGUACUUAAUUUGUCUUUUUGCAAAGUAAACAAAUAA